AUGACUGAAAAAAAUAAAUUUUAUAUAAUUAUAGUGCUUUUACUCUUUGGAAUUUCUUUUUAUUUAAGUAAGUUAUUUAAUUAUUUUAAAUUAAUCUUUAAUUUAAUGAUAGUUUUCAAAAAUAAAUUUAUUUUUAAAAUUAAAGUUAAAGAAUUACUUGGCUUUCCUGACGAUUUAAUUAUAACAAAAUAUUCAUUUAUUCGAAAGGGAUUAAAUUUAAGUGAAGCUGAAUUAUGGCAAAAACAAAAUAAUUUAAAUUUAAAAUAUAUUAAUUUAACUGAAAUGGAUAUUUGGAAAGAAAAUAAUUUAACAAAAUUUUUAUUAAUUGAAAUACCUAAAGAUUGGAAUGGAGAAUGUGGAGGGUUUGCUAAUCAAAUGUGGAGAUUUGCAGUAAUUUAUGUUUGGGGUUUACAAUUAGGUCGUUAUCCUGGAAUUUUUAAUAAUAGUGCGUGGACUUGUGAUUCUUUAAAUUUGCCAAAUGAAAUUGAAGAAACAUUUCCUGUUGUUCACAAAAUAUUUAUUUAUUUUAAAGUUUUUAAAAAAAUAUUUUUUAAAAAUAAAUUUUUUUUAAGCCAAAUCAAAUAG